AUGGCACCAUUUGAGGCCUUAUAUGGUAAGAAGUGUAGAUCUCUGAUCGGUUGGUUUGAAGUUGGGGAUGCUAAAAUUUUGGGACUGGAUUUUGUGCAAGAUACUAAAGAAAAGGUGCAAGUUAUCAAACAGAGAUUGUUAAUAGCUCAAAGUAGACAAAAGUCUUAUGCAGAUUGUUAUUAUAGAGAGUUAGAAUUUAUGGUGGGAUAUAAAGUUUUCUUGAAAAUAUCACUUAUGAAAGGUAUUAUGAGGUUUGGGAAGAAAGGUAAACUUAGCUUGAGGUAUAUUGGUCCAUUUGAAAUACUGGAAAGAGUGGAUGCUAUUGCUUAUCGUUUUGCAUUGCCUCCAAAGUUGGUUGGCAUUCAUCCCGUGUUUCAUAUAUCAAUGCUGCGGAAAUAUUUGUAUGAUCCUUCUCAUGUGGUUGAAACUCAAAAAGUCCAAAUAAAUGAAGAUCUAACCUAUGAGGAAGUUCCAGUAGCCAUUCUUGAAAGGCAAAUAAAGAAACUAAGAUCGAAGGAGAUCGCUUCUAUGAAAGUAUUAUGGCGUAAUCAUUCUAUUAAAGAAGCCACUUGGGAAGUAGAGAGUGAAAUGCGAGACAUGUUGAAGAAGGCUUUUAAUGGCUCACAGGAGUAUGAAAUGGCUCCAAAGGCCUUAACUGGAGACUAA